AUGCGUACCUACGACGAUUCUUUCAGCGGUCAGAAGAUCUACCCUGGAAAGGGUAAGCUGUACGUCCGUGGCGACAGCAAGAUCUUCCGCUUCCAGAAUGGAAAGUCCGAGUCCCUCUUCCUCCAGCGCAAGAACCCCCGCCGCAUCGCCUGGACUGUCCUCUACCGUCGCCAGCACAAGAAGGGCAUCUCUGAAGAAGUUGCCAAGAAGCGCACUCGCCGUGCCGUCAAGAGCCAGCGUGCCAUCGUUGGUGCCUCCCUCGACGUGAUCAAGGAGCGCCGCGCUCAGCGCCCCGAAGCCCGUGCCGCCGCUCGCCAGCAGGCCAUCAAGGACGCCAAGGAGAAGAAGGCCGCCAACGAGAGCCGCAAGCGUGCUGAGAAGGCCAAGGCCGCUGCCUCCGGCGCCAAGCCCGCUCAGCGCAUCCAGAGCAAGCAGGGUGCUAAGGGCUCUGCCCCCAAGGUCGCUGCCAAGUCGCGUUAA